UCCACACAGAAAGGUCCCAGCCGGGAUUCGAACCGGGGCCUCCUCGCUGUGAGGCGAAGGCGCUAACCACUGCGCCACCGUGCAGCCCCGAAGAGCAGAUAGAUGGUCAAAUUUUACCUUCAACGCGAUCCUCAACAACACGUCGUGUGCGUUGUGUGAAGUGACCAUCACGGGAAAAAACACGACAAACCUGAAGCGACAUCUGCAGACGAGCCACCCUGAAAUCCAUUCAAAGUUAUAGAAGCCGCUGGAUGAUGACAUUGGGCCACCGGGUACCAAGAAGGCUAAAGCUACUCAACUGAGUAUUUCAACUGCAUUUCAAAGUGUCUUGAAAUACAAGAGUGACUCAAAAGAGCAGCUGAGCAAAGAAGAAGCAAUAGCUAAAUGGAUUGGAAGCACAGGAUUACCAAUCACAACUAUUGAAGAUGAAGACUUUGUUCAGAUGAUGGAGACCAUUGAUAAAAAGAUGACUGUUCCCAAGAAAACUAGCAUAAGUAACCUGAUCGACAAACACUAUGAAGAUCUAAAACAAACAUUCUGAAGGAGGUUGGCUGCUGCUCGAAAGAUGUCUAUUGGGAUUGAUUUGUGGACAAAAAAGGACUGGACUGCUUCAUUUAUUGCUAUUAGUUCAUGCUACUUUUGCACUGAACAAAAUAAACCAGAGCACAUUUUGUUGAGCCUUGAAGAGGUAGCCCAUCCUCACACUGCACAAUCAAUAAAAGCUUGUGUGGAUAAAUGUAUGCAAGAGUGGGAUGUACCACAUGAGAAGGUCAUGGCAGUGAUAACGGACAACGGGAGUAAUAUGGUGGCAGCAUUUAAAAGCAACACAUCAGAAGAGGAAGACAGCUCUGAUGAUUCAGAGGAUCCCAUGGAAAAUUUCUCAGAGUCUGAAGCUGAUGAACUCCGGUAUCAUAAUACCAACCUGGAGCGCAUACCAUGUGUGGUGCACUCCUUACAACUUGUGGUCCACCUGCUUCAGAAGGAGGCAAGUGUCAACAGACUCGUAGAUAAAGCAAGGUCGGUGGUGAAGCUCUUUCGCAAGUCUUCUGUUGCAACACAGAGACUCUUGGAGAAGUGUGGUCUGAUUGUUGUGAAUGACUGCCCCACACGCUGGUCAAGCACAUAUAAUAUAAUCACACGCCUCCUGGCAGUGAAAGACUCAGUUUCCCAAAUAGCCCAUGACAUGGGCUGGGACAGCUUACUCCCCAGUGAGUGGCAAAAGCUGACGUCAUUGCAACAACUACUGCUGCCAUUUGCAGAACAUACACAAACCCUUCAAAGUGACACCAUGUCUAUGUCCCUGGUUGUCCCUGCUCUCCUUGACCUGCUCAGCCACCUUACUGACUUUGAGGAGAACACCAGCUAUCGAGACCUUGCCACUCUUGCAGGCAAAAUGAAAGGAGGUAUAAGGCUCCGUUUUGCUUGCAUGUUGGAUCCUAAUGAUGAAAAGUUCCCACCACUUGCAGCAGCUGCCUGCUUUGUCAAUCCCAGUGUUUGUGAAACUCUUGUAAAUGUAACUAGUGACAAUGUCCAGGAGCUGCUCGAUCAGGCAGAGGAGUAUGUGGUGCAAUCAGCACACUCAGAACAGGUGGAGGGGUCUGAAGAGAAUGUAGAUGAAAGCAAGGGGGAACCAGAAGUAGCACCAUGCUCAUCGAAGAAGCCAGUCUUCAGGUUUCUUUCAAAAUUUUCCUCAACACCUAAAAAGAGGUUCUCAACAAACGACAUAAGGCAGCAAAUCAGGAAGUAUAAAGAGGAGCUUUCACAGCCCAUCGUCAGUGAGACAGGAACAGAGUUUUGGCUAGAAAAAAGUGACUCCCUUUAUGAAAACUUAAAACCGUUUGCUUUAGACCUGUUGGCUAUGCCAGCUUCUCAAGCUUUUGCAGAGAGUGUUUAGUGUCACAGGUGACCUCACAAGAGGCAAGUGCAACAGAGCAAGGGCCACUUUAGCACGAAGUGCUUUUCUGAAAAUGAAUCGGAACAAAUAAAUUUAGCAUCCUUGAAUAGCAGCAAUAUGCACCAUCAGAUUCUGAGAAUUUUCUAAAAUGUUUUUAUUUCUAAAGUUUUAUUUUCACACAUUUAUUAUAAAUGGGAUGGAAUUAUAAUUAAUUUUCUUUAAAUGUGUUUUAAGUUGUGGAAGCUAAAUUAACAGAAAUGGCAAGUUAAGUGAAGAAAAAGGUAUUUUAUUUUUAUUUUUUUAGAUGACUAUGCUUUAUGCCAAAUGUUUUCAAAUGCAUUUGCUUAUGAUUGUUUAAAUAAUGUUAAAAAAAACAUGUUGCGCUUGACUACCUCUUCAAAAAAUCAUUUGUUCACACAUUAAUUAUAAAUGGGAUGGAAUUAUAAUUUAUUUCCUUUAAAUAUCUUAAGUUGUUGAAGCUGAAUAAACAGAAAUCCCAACUUUGGAAAGUAAAGUGAAGUAAAAUGUUUUUCAAUGGCUACACUUCAUGUCAAAAGUUUUCAAAUUAAUUUGCUCAUAACUAUAGUUUAUACAAUAUUAAAAAAAACUUGUUUCACUCUACUACUUCUUCUAUAAAAGUUUUAUGUAUGUAUUUAAAUGUGACAGAAUUAUAAUUUAUUUUCUUUGAAUUUGUUUCAAGCUGUUGAAGCUGAAUUUGCAGAAAGAAGUUUGGAAAGCAAAGUAAAAAUAAAAUGUUUUUUCCAAAUAAAACUCUGUGUGUUACUCAUAUUUUCAUACUUGCAUUUCAUAAAAACGCUUUACUAUUACUCUCUAUUUUUGUCGACUAAAUAUCUACUGUAAUUUAGUCGACUAAAUAUCUACUGUAAUUUAGUCGACUAAAACUUGACUAAAAUUAAUAGAAUUAACAUGACUAAAUUGCGACUAAAACUAAAUCUUAUUUUAGUCAAAAGACUAUGACUAAAACUAAAUUAAAAUUCUCUGUCAAAAUUAACACUGAUAUCUACUAGCUCUCAAAUAUCUGUGCACGCCAUCUUCAUCAGUUCCCUGUGAAUGUGUAUUUUCGAAGGCUGGAGAACUGGUGUCUAAGAGGAGAAAUCGCCUAGGAGCAAAGACACUCCAAAAACUUUUAUUCCUCAAUAAAAAUGUAUGAAUUAAUCAAUUUUCAGUGUGUUAUUUCAUAUGAUUGAACACUUUGGUUAACAAAAUUCCAUACAUAAGCCAAAUAUAAUUCUCAAUUUUAUUACAGAUACAUUUGCUGUAUUUUACAUAUUAGAUUAUGAUGUCAAGGUUAAUGUUGGGUUUACAGCAUGCAAUUUCUUCCAUCUUUUCAUUUUAUUUACCUGCAAUGAUGUAGAUGCUGAUCUACAGCAGAGGUCACUACUGAGUGCCCUACACAGUGUCAACACAGUUUGUGUAAUGUGUCAAUAUACUCCUUGAGGUAUCUUUAUCCCAUCACUACCCCUCAUCUUAGAGAGGACUCUGUCUCUGCUGCAACCCCUCCAGCCACAGCAAACCUCUGAGCAUCGUUGCCUCCUCCAGUCACUCUCAGCUGCCCCUUCUUUCAGUCUUCUCACUGCCAGUUCUAGCUUUAUAGGCAGGGCUGUCACUUCAGUGAUUGGGCACCAGGUGUGUGAUUGGGCACCAGAUGUGUCCAAUCUGGGAUUCAGUCUCAGAGGUGAAACAUCCAGCACAAAAUCCAAACAAAAAAGACAUGCAAAUAAAACCACAAAAAAGGAAAAAUGUUUCACCUCCCAACAUAUGUAAUCCAAAAAAUAACAAAAGUUUUAGUUUCAUUUGAA